AUGGUCGAAUUAACAGAAUUCCAAAAAAAACGUCUUGAAAAUAUUAAAAGAAAUAAUGAUAUUUUGAAAAAAUUAAGUUUAACAGGAACAGCAAAUCAAAUUAAAAAGGAAUCCGGUAUUAUAACAAAAGAGAAGAAAAAGACUAUACCAGCUCGUUCAAUUAAAAAAAAGCAAGUUUCACAAAAGCCUCCUCCAAUCCCAACUAGAAGAUCUCGUCGAUUAAGAGGAGAAACAGUAACUACAGAAGGUAUACCAAAUUUAAGUGAUUCUCAAUUAUUAAAUAAUUUGAAACAAUCAUCACCAUCAUUAGAAUCUGAUCGGUUUGAAUCUUUGAUAGAUGACUUAAAAGAAUCACCUGUAGUAGGUGAUAUCAAAUUAAGUGAUAUUAUAAAAGAUGAAAAUGAGUCUUCUUUACAAGAUAAAUUUAAAUAUUUAGCAAAUAAGAACUUUUCAUCUGGAGAUUUUUUUGAAGAAUUGAAAAAAUAUCAAACAAUAAAUAAGCCUGAAUUAAGUAAGUUACAAGAAGAUUUUGAUUUACAAUUAUAUGAUAUUUUCCAACCAAAUGAAAUUAAAAUUGUUUAUGAACGUAUUUCAUCAGUAUUUUUUCAUCCAUCAAUAGACAAAAAAUUAAUUAUUGCAGGUGAUAAGGUGGGAAAUCUUGGAUUUUGGAAUGUUAGAGAUGAGCCAUUAUCUGAAAAUGGGGAAGAUGAUUUGGUGGAACCUGAUAUCACCAGAGUAAAAUUAUUUACGAAAAAUGUAAGUGAAAUUGAUUGUUUCCCCACGGAUUUAACAAAAAUUCUGACAACUUCUUAUGAUGGCACUAUUAGAUCAAUUGAUUUGAAUACGAUGGAAAGUAAUGAAAUUCUUCAAUUGAAGGAUGUAGAUGGUAAUGAUCUUGGAAUUAGUGCUUUUCAAUUCAAUUAUUCGGACCCAAAUCAAAUAUAUUUGACAACAUUAAGUGGUGAAUUUACCACUCUUGAUAUUAGAAUGAAUAAUAAAAAUUUGAAUUUGGAUAUAAAAAGAUUGUCAAACAAAAAAAUCGGUUCUUUUGCAAUAAACCCUAAAAGAUCAUGGGAAAUAGCUACUGGUUCUUUAGAUAGAACUUUAAAAAUUUGGGACAUUAGAAAAAUUGUGAAAGAACCUGAAUGGUCACAGUAUGAUGACUAUGAAAGCCAUCAAAUCAUUGGAACAUAUGAUUCAAGAUUAAGUAUAUCUGCGAUCUCCUAUUCACCAUUCGAUAAUACUUUAGUUUGUAAUGGUUAUGAUGAUACUAUUAGAUUAUUUGAUGUAAACGAAAAUAAUAUUCAACAAGAGCUAACUCCAAAAAUAACAAUUAAGCAUAAUUGUCAAACAGGGCGUUGGACAAGUAUUUUAAAGGCCAAAUAUAAGCCAAAUCAAAACGUAUUUGGUAUUGCAAACAUGGGUAAAGCUAUUGAUCUAUACGAUAGUGAGGGUCAACAAUUGGCCCAUUUAAAGACUGCCACUGUACCGGCUGUUAUAGCAUGGCAUCCUAUUAAUAAUUGGAUUGCAGGUGGUAAUUCAAGUGGUAAAAUCUUUCUUUUUACAGAUGAAAACAGGGUUCUGGCUGAUGAAAGUGUUAAGGUUGAAGGGGAUGUAAUAAAAAAGGAGGAAAAUAAUUAA